AAUAGCCGCAUCCGACUCUAGUUACUAGUUGCUAGGGAAGUCAACGUUGUUUUGCAUGGUACUUUGUCUCACAAAUCAACAACAGUCUAGAAUUCAGGUCCCAACUCAUUGUUAAAUAUGGCGAAGUUAGUGCAGGCACCAACACGAUUCACACACCAGGACUGGACUACUUCAAAUUUGACAAAAUAUGCUAAUGCAGAGUCAGAAAGAGCUGCUGCAGAAAGACUAGUUGAUGAAUCCAACAGACUUUCAGAUGAAACUGAAAAGAGAACAGAAAAGACCCAGAGGGAUGUGAACAAGAAAUUCCAGCAGAGAUUAGAUGACAUUCGAUACUGGAAGAAUGAACUUGAUGACAAACUAGCUGGGAUCACCACAGAAAUUGACAACUUACUGGCAUUUAAGACCCGAAUAGAAAAAGCCCUAGAGGCCACAAAUGAGCCUCUUCACAUUGCAAGACAAUGUCUUAUGAACAGAGAGAAGAGGAAGGGUAUUGACCUGGUGCAUGAUGAUGUACAGAAGGAACUUAUUAAGGAGGUGGAGGCUAUAGAGGGCGUGCAGGCUCUCCUUCAAAGGUCCCUUGAACAGGCCACAGAGCAAGUCAGGUUAAACCGGAAGGCCAAGUUCCAGCUUGAGAAGGACCUGAAGGACAAGUUCUCUGUGCUGUCCAUUGAUGAGUAUUGUGAGCAGCUCAGAAACAACUCCCCAGGCAUCGCAUUCAAACAAGGCACUGCCAAGAUUGAGGCCAAUUCUGUGUCACCUGAGGACUGGCAGGAUUUUUCCCAUGAGAACAUUGAGAAGGCGGAGAGGGAACGUCAGAGCUCUGUGGCUCUCCGCUCUCUUGUGGAUGGCAUCCUUCAACAGACCUCUAACGACAUGCGCAAACAGUGCCGUGAGGUUAACAUAUCCUUUGAGAAGAGGAUCAAUGAAACUAAGGACACCAAGAGCAAACUUGAGGAUCAUCUUAAUAAGGUUCUGGCCCAGAUGGCUGAAAUGGAGGAGAAUAUUGCACGCCUGCAGAAGGCCAUCCAGGACAAGGAGGCACCCAUGAAGCUCGCCCAGACACGACUUGACACUCGCACAGAGCGCCCUAAUGUAGAGCUGUGUCGUGACCCCGUCCAGUACCGCCUCAUUGAUGAAGUGCACGAGAUCAAUUGCUCUGUGUCCCAGCUUCAGGAGCGUCUCGCCCAGGCGGAGGCCUCCCUGAAGGGCCUCAUCCGUAACCAGCUCUCCCUGGAGGAAGACAUUGAUGUCAAGUCCAACACGCUCUUCAUUGACGAGGUCGAGUGCAUGGGCAUGAGAAAGAGCAUCAACAUACAGAACUUCUAAUAAAACACCAAGGACCUUUAGCUGUGUUAUAUUAAUGUGGUUUCUUUAAACCAAUGUUGGUAUCAUUCAUUGGGAGCCAUAAAAAUGUAAAAUAUUUGUAAACAAAUUGUUUUGAAUCUGAAUGAAAUAUUUUUUUAGAACAAUUAAAUGCAUGUAUAAUAUAUUUACUUUAUAACCAAAGGUUUAAGGAAUAUUUACUUGAAUCAAGUUAAGUGACUUUAUAUCCUUAAAUGAAUUUUUAAUAAACGAAAGUGAGCAUCUGAACAUGUUUUCUCUUCAAUAACAAAUUGAUGUUACUUUCGUGCAAAAUAAUAGAAUGAGCAAGGUUCAUUGUAGGCCAAAAUAUUAAUUCUUAUUCAGAUUUUUUAUAAAUGCCAGCGAAAUACAACAAAAACAAACAAUAUGUGGAUGCUAUAUUUCUUUUCUACUUGUGGAACUAGUGGAUGCAAUUUCAAGAUUUUUUUUACUGCAAGUUUAUAAAAUCAUUUCUUAUAGCUGCGAUGCAUGUCAUUUUGAUUUUUCUCAAUUCUAAACUGCCUCAGCAUUUCAUACUACUGUUGCAAGGGUCUGCAUAUCAUGCUUAGGAGUGAGUGGUUUAUAAUCCUGUUCUUACUACCUUUUCUGUCACCUGCAUUUUGGUUUACUGUUAAUCAAUGAAUAUGUAUCUACAUUGUAUGUAUAUUUGUGACAUUAUAUUGUGUAUGAUAGUUGUGAUGAACCAUUACUGUGAUCUUUUGUGAAUGUGAAUACACCAAACUUCAAGCACACCAACUGUUUCUUCAUGUUAAUUCCAUAAGGUUACUUUCAAGUCUGAUUCUAUGAAACAUGUUUACUUUUUCUGUGUGUUAUAUGCAGUUUAAACAUGAAUCACCAUCAAUGUUUACAGUAAUUUUUGUGUAUAUGUAUUCUGUAUUCUAUUAUGGUUUUUACAGAAGCUGUGAUCUUUAAGGUAUUAUGUUAGUUUCGUUUUAUUUUAAGGACAUUUAUGAAAUUUUUAAUAAAUGACAAUACAAAGAA